GCUAUGAGAAUCGCCUAAAAUCGCGGGAAACGCGUCCUCUCUUCUAGGGCUCCGUGAGGUUCGCCCGUAAUUCCAUAUUAUUAACAAUUACAACGACUUGAACGGUAACAAGCAAGUCCGCGUGAACGUUAACGCCGUGUAGAAGCUAGUGUCUGGCUUCGGAUGAGAUAGAUUGAGUUGUUAGUGAGAGAGAAGGUGACCCUCGAAAAUCAGAGCAUUUCAACCUGCAAAGUAUGAAAAUGCUUUAUUGCUAGCAGCGUUAUGAGUACCACCAGCACAAACACUAGUAAGGCUCCUGUGCCAAUUUGCCAGAUCAAAGUAGAACCUGAAGAGCAAACCAAGAUUACGAGCGAGAAUGCACGCGAGAGUCGAGAGAGCUCGUAUGAUAAUAACUGUAUGGAUAGCCAGCUUGGCAGAAGCCGUUAUGGUAGAACAAUAAAAUACAAGUCUAUCAACGCUACCAAUUCGCCACAAAAUUCAACGAUGCCAAAGACACGUAGACAUCAAAACUCUACUGAUAGUAGUAAUGAAAGUAUACAUGAGAAUAAUGUAAGUAACAAUGCAGAUGAAGCCAGUGAUACAUCUGCUAAUAUAAACAAUACAGAAGAGAAUUUACCUUCAAGAGCAAUUAGUUCUAUGGAAUGCAACUGGGUUGCAGGACACUUAGCAUGGGCCAAAGUUGGAAAUUUUCCAUUUUGGCCUUGUAUUGUAACACCUGACCCAGUCUCAAUGAUAUAUUACAAAUUUAUAGUCAGAGGUAGAGGACAUAGAUUAAUGGUACAUGUUCAAUAUUUUGGAGACAGAGGACGUCAUAGUUGGGUUUCUGCAAAAGGUAUGAUGGAAUUUACGAAUCUUGCUGAUUUCAAGAAAGUAGCAGAAUUGGCAAUGUUGAAAAAGAAGAAACAACAUAAAUAUAUUGCUGUGAAACAAGGUUAUAAUGUGAAACAAGGAAUCAAAUCGAAAUGGGAAAGCGCCAUUGAGGAAGCUUUAGAGGUGCAAUUGAUGACGAUUGAGGAGAGAGCCAAAACUUUCGCUCCGAAAGUUAAAACCUCGAAAUCUACAGGUUCAAAGUUGUCUACCGUUGAUGAAAAGAGUAAAAGUAAUAAAAGGAAGAAUUCUAACGAUCAAGAUGAUCCUGAUACGAAACGCGUCAAACAUGAUAAUAUGGAAAAGUCGCCGCGCAAAUCGGAAGGAACGAAAUCGAAAAAUUCACGAUCUGUCGUGAACGGUAAAAAUGAUGCGAAAUUGAAUUCAGACGCUAGACCUUCUACUCCUUCGAGCCACAGAUCCCAAAGCGACAAUUCAUCUAGCACAAAAGUUGAUAGAAACGAAGAGGAGGAGGAUGGUGUAUUCGAAAUUUAUUAUGAGCGAAACAGAGACAUGUUAGAGGACGAAUAUCCUGAUGCAUCAGAACAUGAUAUAAAGAAGUAUUUACGAAAAACUUGGGACAAUAUGGACCCGUCAUUCCGAAAAAAAUAUAGGUCAUAUAUGACGCGUGACAAUAGUGAACAUUCGAAAGAAAGUUCAUCGGAGCAUGAUGAUGAAACAUCUGUAAGCACUGAUAUAAGCGCGAAAGAGAAUAAGAAAACAAAGAAUAAGACUAAAGUUGAUAAAGAUCUUGAUAAAGAUGAGAAUUCAAUCUUCGACACAAAACGAAAACAUAAUCUCUUUAAAGGUAUGAAAACGGAAAAGGUUUGUCAAAUCUGCGAGAAGACAGGCAAGUUGACGAGGUGUAAAGGGCCUUGCUAUUCCUAUUUUCAUUUACCUUGCGUGAAACCUGGCGAAUCUAGUCCAGAGCAUUCUAUCGACGAUAAUACGUCGGAAGACAAAAUAAUUGAUGAUGUAAACGUAAUUAAGAGAAGUAUCAGUGGCGGAGAAGAUAUUGUUAAAACGGAGGAACAAGAAGAUGAGAUGUUCAAGUGUAUCGAUUGUCUAUCCGGAGUAGCACCCGCUUGUUUUAUAUGCAACGAGAGGGAAGGAGAUAGGAUAAGAUGUUCAGUAAUGGCCUGUGGGAAACAUUAUCAUUCCAUGUGUCUGAAAUCAUGGCCUCAGUCGCAUUGGCAAGGUGGACGUUUGACUUGUCCAUACCACUUGUGUCACACAUGCAGCUCCGAUAAUCCACAAGACAACCAUUCGCGCGCACCAAAUGAGAAGAUUGCGAAAUGCGUCCGUUGCCCGUCGUCUUAUCACACAUCCACAUUGUGUUUACCUGCUGGUUCAAUGAUUUUAACAGGUAGUCAAAUUGUAUGUCCAAAACAUUACAAAGCACAUUACCCACCGUUGAACGCGGCAUGGUGCUUUUUGUGCACUCGCGGCGGCAGUCUUAUAUGUUGCGAUACCUGUCCAACUUCAUUUCACUUAGAAUGUCUGGGUAUAGAUGCACCUGAUGGUGCAUUUUUUUGUGAAGAUUGCGAAACGGGAAGAUUACCCUUAUACGGGGAAAUUGUUUGGGUAAAAUUAGGUAAUUAUCGAUGGUGGCCAGCUCGUAUAUGUUAUCCAGCUGAAAUACCUGAAAAAGUAGAAGCUAUUCCACAUAGUUCUGGUACAUUUUGUGUAAUGUUUUUGGGGACUUACGACUAUUACUGGGUCCAUAGAGGCCGAGCUUUCCUAUAUCAAGAUGGUGACGCAAAUAUAAAACCAGCUAUAGGUAAGACCAAGUCUUUAACGGAUGAUACAUAUCGGAAAGCUUUAGAAGAAGCUAAUAAGAUACAUCUGCAAUUGAAAGAGGAACGAUCUGCAACAAAAGAGCCAAAAGGAUUGAAACCACCGACAUAUGUAAAAUUGAAAGUCAAUAAACCAGUUGGCAACGUUAAACCUACUGAAGUCGAAAGUAUCGUUGCAUGUGAGUGCGAUCCGGCCUGGAACGAUCCUUGUUCACCCGGUACGGAUUGUUUGAAUCGCAUACUAUUGGUUGAGUGCAGUCCCGGUAUCUGUCCGGCUGGAUCCAAGUGCAUGAACCAGUCGUUUGUGUUGCGAAAGUAUCCAGCGAUGGAACCGUUUCAUACUACAGGCCGCGGUUGGGGUCUAAAAUCUCUGGAAGACAUCAAGGCGGGUCAAUUCGUUAUUGAGUACGUAGGCGAAGUGAUUGACGAAGCAGAAUAUAAACGUAGGUUGCACAGGAAAAAGGAAUUGAAGAAUGAGAACUUUUAUUUUUUGACAAUCGACAAUAACAGAACAAUCGAUGCAGAACCGAAGGGGAAUUUAAGUCGAUUUAUGAAUCAUUCAUGUGCGCCGAAUUGCGAAACACAGAAAUGGACGGUGAACGGCGACACACGCAUUGGCUUGUUCGCGUUGCGUGAUAUAAAAUCCGGUGAGGAGCUGACAUUUAAUUAUAAUUUAGCAUCCGACGGAGAAACUCGAAAAGCAUGUCUUUGCGGUGCGUCGAAUUGUAGCGGUUUCAUCGGUUUGAAAGCGCAAAAGCAGCAAUUACCAGCAAUACAAUCGUCUGUGCAACCAAAGUCGACUCCGCAACCAAAAAAAGUUGCUAACAACCAAGAAAAGGCUCUCUUAUGUAAAAAAACAGAGAAACGACAUAAAAGAUCAACGAAGUCGAUAUGUUGGCAGUGUGGACAAGAGAUAUCAAAUUCACAUGAGCUACUGAUCUGCCAGCAAAGAACGUGUAAAAAGAAAUAUCACAGAACUUGCGUGACACUCGAUGGCCCGGAAUCGAAAUUCAGUUGUCCUUGGCAUUACUGCUUAGAAUGUGGUCGUCGGACAUCAGCACAUUGUUCCUUCUGUACUACUGCCUUCUGUCAAGUUCAUCUUGAUGGGAACCUAUUUGAACAUAGCGAGAAGAGCGGAGUGGUAUGUAAAUUGCACGUAAACGCGGAUCUACAGAUAUCUGUUGAAGGCGAAAAAGAGUAUUCGGAUAACGAUAAUGAAACUGACAGAGAGUAUUCUUCCACGAGUUCCAAUAGUUCGAUUGUGAUGGAAAAAAUUACUACGCGAGAACCAUUACCAAGAGUUGCUAUCGUAGAGGUUCAUCUAAGCAGCGAAGAGAGUGAAGAAUCUCAGAUGGAGGGAGAAGAAAGCAAUCUUGAGACUAAUUUUACAUCAUAUGAUAAAAAUUCAAUGGCAAUGAAGAAAAAGACAUUUCAUCGUUUGUCUUUUAAAUUGCAGAAGAAAGAAAAUCAAGCAGAGGAAUUAAAUAAUCUUACAUCUAGUCAAUUGGAAGCUAUAAUUGGCGGUAGUUUGUGUGAAUAAACGCUCCAUCACUAUAUAAUAAAUAAUGCAUUUACACAUUAUAUAAAUAUAUAAUAUAAAUAUUUCACACAAAAAAUUUUUUUGCACUCUUUCUUUGGCUCGUUUAAUAUGUUAUAUAAUUAUUAAUCUCGAAAAUAAUUCAAAAAGCAAAAUUGACAUUUGCACUUUUAAGUUGCAAAUAUUUAUUAUUAUAUAAAUAUUAUAUGAUAACUAUAGAGUGCCUUGAUAAGACAAAAAAUUAAUGUCUAAGUUUAAUCAUAUUUAUAUAUUAUAUAUUUCAUGUAUGUGAUAUAUAUUAUUUCGAAAAUUUUACUGUUAUUUAUUUAUGUUUAUUUAAAUAUAUAAAACCAUAAUUAUAUAUCAAAGUAAGCAAUGCAUAAAAGAAUGCAUUAACUUACAUUUACAUUACUUCUGUAUCAGUUUUCUUAAACCGAGUUGAACAAUAAAGUAUUUUCACUGCCUUAUAACUCGAACAAGCUUUACUGUUUAUGGAAGUAAUUCUAAAAUAUAUAAAUCUAGAAUAAUCACUUUUUAUCAUACAUAUUUUCUUUAAAUUUUAUUUAAUAAGUUUAAAUAUUAUAUUUUUUAAUUUUUCCUUCGCGCUUAUAUCGAGACAUUGCGGCAAAGAUUGUGUACAAAAUAAGCUGUUUAGUAGUAAGUUGAUAUUUGUAAUAGUGCUGUCAAUUUCAACUACACGGGUAAGCGAAUAAGUACUCGAGUAUCCCGGGUCUUUCGAGUUUUACCCGAGUACCUGUAUCUUUCAGAUAUCAAUAGAAUGGCAGCUUUAUUUUACGUCCGUAUAUCUUCUAUACAUGAGUAACUUGUAGCUAAAGUUAAUUCAAUGAAUAAAAAUAAUAUAUUAUUUUUUUUAACAAUAUAUAUUAUCAUUUAAUGAAUAAAAAUAAAAUAUAUUUGAACAUUUUAUUAAUUUUACAAAUUAUUAAUUUUUUUUAACAAUAACAAGUAAUGAGCAAAUGCAUCGCAUAUUCGUAACUAUUUAUUAUCUGAGUAAUACCACGAGGGUAAACUAUUUAUUGCCCGAGUAAUACCCACGAGUAUGUGUGGAUAUCUGGGUACUUGGAUAGUACUCGGAUAUAAAAAUACCCGAGUUAUACUGACAGCACUAACGUGUAAACCGUGAAUGACACAAAUACAAAUAGUUGAUAAUUAUAUUACAAUCGUGAAAAUAUUUAAAGUUGUAUGUACUUAUACAUGUACAUCAAGUUAUUUGUAACAAAAAAUUCAGGAAAAACAACCGAAUUUCGGGAUUUUGAGAUCUAUAUAUAUAUAUAUAUAUAUAUAUAUAUAUAUAUAUAUAUAUAUAUAUAUAUAUGUAUACAUGCCGAUGUAUGUUAAUGCCGAAAAUUUUAUUAUGUAAACAUAUACAUGUAAUCGUAAAGUACUUCCAGGUAUAAACAGGAUAAAAAUUACAUAAAAUUACAUAGUGCAUUUUCUCAUCUUGUGAUGAAACAAAGUAAAACAUCCUGCUUACAUCCACAUUUUAAAUGCUGCGAUAAUUGUAACGCGAUCUGAUUUAACCCUAGGAAGCAAUUAUUUCUGAUAAAAACCUGCAAAUAUUGAAAUAAAAAUAAAAUCAUUUCGACUUAUAUAAUACGGAUAUUACAGGGUGAUGGUUUAAAAUUAUACUGAAGACCAUCUGAGUUCAAUUAAAAAUAUAAAUAUAAAAACGUGGAAAUAAAUAUAUAUUACAGGAUCUCAGUGCUCUCUCUCUCUCUUUAUGCAUCCUAGGAUUAAAGAGAGUCGAUUUACCAAAUUAUUAUUUAUGUCAAUUUGAAGAAUAAAUGUGAUAUGUACAUAUUAUUACAAAGA